AUUUGCUCUAUUGUACUGACGUGUAGAAAAAUACGUUUUCCAUUUCAGCCGAACGAUUAGCCUACUUCCUACUCCUAGUAAAAAAAAAUGGCGUCCAUUUUAGUACUCGGACUUAUUGGAGUUUUAAUUGCCAUAGUGGUCACGGUGUUUUACCUACUUGUCUAUUCGGGCCUGUUCCAUUCCAUUGAUAUUGGGACAAAAAAGUCUCCUAUCUCUAAAAUCCACGUAGCUUACAAAUUCGCUCGUGGAAGUUACAGCGAUGGCGGACCACUGUGGACUGAAGUGUCGAAAGCCGCGCCGAAUCUCCGAUGUUUUGCAGUGUAUUAUGACGAUCCAAAAACGAAUCCUGCUCCGAGCCUCCGAUACAUUGUGGGCACGAUCCUGAGCGAGGGCGACAACCAGGCCGACGCGGAGCUGGAAACACAACUGGUCAACCAAGGCUUCAAGAUUGCUGACUUCCCUGAGGUGUCCAACAUGGUCCAAACCACAUUCCCCUAUGUCACCACCUUGUCUAUCUACAUUGCUGUCUACAGAGUCUACGCUGCGCUAAGUGACUAUUUGACGGCAAAUGACCUGUGUGCCUACCCUUUCAUCGAGCUUUACGCCGACGGGCUGAUCCACUUCCUAGCUCCGCUCUCCAAACAGAAGGACUUCUAUGUCCCCGAGACAGGCGGGAUUGUGGAGAUCAGUGAGCUGUCAGCUGACCAGAUGGACGAAGACGAAGAUCAGGAAGACCCCCAACGAAGCGGCGUGGAAGAGGAGGAGCCCAGGGAGAAAGUCGCUGUACCCCCGGGCGAAGAAAGUACUAACAGCGAUAGCUCAUUCGAGCAGGUAGAUCCCCAAGAAACACAUUAGCCAAUUUGUUGCUUAUUUUGCCGGGAAAUUUGCCCAUCCUGCAUGUGUAAGGCCAAAUAGAAAAAAAAAACAAGUUUAGCGUCCCCACCCGCUUCCUUUCUGGAGGCUGCCUCCUUAUUGUUUUCUUUUUAAACCGAAAAAAUGAUGAAUUUCAAACAUUGACAUCAUUUUGGCCUCUUUGUGUGUUGCAUAGGCCUACAAUGUUUCAUGUGUUUGCCCAUAUAAAGCUGGUGUGUCAUUUCCUGAGUCCAAACGGCGGCCAUUUGGCCUAAUGUUAUGGCAGGUUUUUGUUGAAAUAGUAUGGGUUCUUGUGAUUUCUUCAAAAGUUAAAGGGACUUUUUUUAUUGAAAUAAUUGUUUACAGAGAACAACUUAUUAUUUUUUUUCUCUUUUCAGUAGUUGUUGACCCAUUCAGUUAGAACAGAGUUUCCGCUCAGUAAGAAAAUAGGGAACUGACUGAUGAAAGGGAGAAAGGAAGUUUGUAAUUUGUAUUUCUAAAAUAUUUUUGUCCUGCUUUGUUUUGUUGCUAUUUGUUUGUCAUUUUUUUUUCCGGGAUGACUUUGCUUCAGUUCUUGUGCAAACUAAGAGCCCAAGUGAUCUCCCUGAAAUGUUUUGUCGUUGUAUUUCUGAAUAUAAAUUCAAGCUGAACAGCAUUCUACAGUUAAACUAUCCCAGUAUGUUAGUGAUAAAAAAAACCUUGUAGUUACUUAGAUCUUAAAAUAGCUGUAAAUAAACUUCAUCAUUUUGUAACGUCGAAAAUUGGUUUCAUUAUUGAAAAGAGGGUAGAAUUAGGAUGCUCCGGGAACUUGAAGUACUGAACCAGAAGUCACAUUGUUCUUGUGAGUUGAGGCCAUGU